UGAUAUUUUUAUGUUAUUUAGGGUGAAGAUCUUAUUGAUGUUAAAGUAGAAGAUAUAAAAGUAGAUGAGCAGACGCAUGUGAUGGGUGAUCAGCAGUGUAAGGAGGAGGAAAUCCCUACAGAUAUCAGCACAGACCCAUCUAAAGAUCCAUCUACUGAUAUAAAGGAGGAAUCAGUCUCAUGUGAUGGAGACCUCACACACACUGACAUGUAUACAGCCGCAGAUCAUACACAGAAAAUAUCUACUCAUAUAAAAAGCAACUGCAUUACAAAUGCGUCUUGCUCUGGAUGUGAAAAAUGUUUUACUCUUAAUUCAGACCUUGUUAUACAUCAGAGGAGUCACACAGGAGAGCCGCCAUAUUCCUGCUCAGCAUGUGGGAAAGGGUUUAGAAGUAAUUCAGAACUUCUUGUACAUCAGAUGAUUCAUACAGAUGAAAAACUGUUUUCUUGCUCAGAAUGUGGGAAAUGUUUUAAAGUAAAUUCACAUCUUGUUAAACAUCAGAUGAUUCAUACAGGAGCAUCCCCACAUUCCUGCUCUGAAUGUAAGAAAUGUUUUAGAUAUAAAUCAGAACUUGUUAUACAUCAGAGAAGUCACACAGGUGAGAGACCUUAUUCUUGCUUGGAAUGCGAGAAAUGUUUUCCAAUUAAAUCGCUACUUGUUAGACAUCAGAGAAGUCACACAGGUGAGAGACCGUAUUCUUGCUCGGAAUGUGAGAUAGUGUGUAUAAGUAAUUCAGAACUUGUUAGACAUCAGAGACGUCACACCGGAGAGAGACCAUAUUCCUGCUCUGAAUGUGGGAAAGGGUAUAGAAGUUUUCCAGAGCUUGUUAGGCAUCAGAGAUUUCAUACAGGUGAGAUACCAUUUUCUUGCUCGGAAUGUGGGAAAGGGUUUGAAGUAAAUGCACUACUUGUUAGACAUCAGAUGAUUCACACAGGAGCAUACCCAUAUUCCUGCUCUGAAUGUGAGAGAGGUUUUUCAAUUAAAUCAGAACUUGUUAGACAUCAGAGACGUCACACAGGUGAGAGACCGUAUUCUUGCUCGGAAUGUGGGAAAGGGUUUAGAAGUAAUACAGAACUUGUUAUACAUCAGAGACGUCACACCGGAGAGAGACCGUAUUCUUGCUCAGAAUGUGGGAAAGGGUUUAGCAGUAAUGCAGAACUUGUUCUACAUCAGAGACGUCACACCGGAGAGAGACCGUAUUCUUGCUCAGAAUGUGGGAAAGGGUUUAGCAGUAAUGCAGAACUUGUUCUACAUCAGAGAAGUCACACAGGAGAGAGACCGUAUUCUUGCUCGGAAUGUGGGAAAGGGUUUAAAAGUAAUGCAGAACUUGUUAUACAUCAGAGACGUCACACCGGAGAGAGACCGUAUUCUUGCUCUGAAUGCGGGAAAUGCUUUACAUGCAAUUCACAACUUACUAAACAUCAGAAAAGUCACACAAGAGUGAACCCAUGAUAUAGGUCUGAGUGUAAGGAGAGGGAGUUAUAGUAAGACAGAACUUUUACACGAGUGCGGUCACCCAGGAGAAUACUCAUAUUUCAUUCUCUGUGUAAGAAAUGUUUUACAUGUUUAUGUUCUGCACGGCAGAAUGUGUGAUUAUUACUAAUAAUAAGUAUUAAUAUACUCUGCGCCGAGCCUGAGUGCGGCUAUCUUGAAGCUUACGCCUAGAUUUCCCAGCAUGUAAUUCACACCCCGCUAUAUGGUACCAGCUCCUUUACUGGUUCCCUACGUUUUCUGUGUAUCUCUUCUACAUCCUCCUUUGUCAUUAAUUGGUUUUCUUCCAGUCCUCAUCCUCCACCCACUAUCAAGAUUCAGCACCAAAAGGGAGUCCCGCAAUUCCACGGAAGGAGCACACGUUUGGCUUUAGGCUUCUGUCCCAGUUAGAACCAUUCCUAGCUGACAGUAUAGGAUCUCCAACUUCCUAGCAUGUGAGUGACAGCAUUGCAGUCAUUCAUCUUCUCCCAAUUUUAUGAUCCUUUCCAUAGAAUAUAUCUGUAGUCCAUGUCAACAUUCCCAUUAACAGGUUAGCUGCCACUGGCCUUCUUCUCCUCACUCUUUUAUCCUCUCUCAUUGGACAUAUAAUUAAUUAGACUUAUCUUCUUCCAUCUCUGCUCCAAAUUUUCCAACUUGCUCUCCUCUCUUUGAUAGCAACCUCAUUUGCUUCAACCCAUCCCUUUCUCCAGUACCCCCCUCAUGCAAAGCAUCCAUAAUUCACCUAACCUGCCAUGUUUUCUUCCUUUUUUAUUAUUUUAUGUCCCUACUCUAUCUUCUUCCAAAAACACACUUUCUCGUAUGUCCUAGACACCGCUGCUCCGGACAAAUCUUUGGCCACUGACGCUCUUCACACCAGACCUGGCACGCUGUGCUGUCCCGUUACCUGCACAGAGCUUCUGCAUUGGCGGAUUGCUGCUGCAGGAAAUACUGCUUUUACUGCCGGCUUCAUGUACUGUACAUUUACUCUUCUGUCAUACAUCUAUGCUCUCAGUACAUUAAGUCUCUCAUUUCCGGUCAGGUUUUUCAACACUUGUUUCCUCUUUGCCACAUUCAAUUUUUACCGUUUGUCCUAACAGUACUUGUGUCCUGACAGCCUAUGGUUCUUGUCGUCUACUCCCCCCUUUCCUCAGCUCACAUUUUACAUUGCCAUCCCCAGUCACCUCUCCAGCUUAAUGGUGGUCGUUCCAUAAAAAGUUACGUUUUUUUUUCUAAAGCGUCCGUCAAUUAUAAGGCGUGGUUAUGGGGGUCAUUCCGAGUUAUCGUAGCUGUAAAUUUAGCACAGCUAUGAUCAUGUUCCCAGACAUGCGGGGGGACGCCCAGCACAGGGCUAGUCCGCCCCCCCCUCCCCCGCACAAGUACAGAAGCAUCGCACAGCGGCCAAGCUUAUGUACUUGUGGAGUAACUCCCAGCCAGCGCAGCUCCUGCAGUUGGCCGGGAGUUGAUCGUCGCAGCGGCUGUGUGUGAUGUCGCACGGCCCGCCCCCCCCCCCCCCCACACACACGGUCUGGCCACACCUUCGUUUGCCGGACUGCACCCCCAUAAGGAUGGCCAAACACCGUCGUGCUGCCCCCUCCCGCCCUGCGACCGCCUCUGCCUGUCAAUCAGGCAACGACGCAGUUCCGACCCAAUCUCUGCGAUAAACUGCAGCGAGCGAUCGGGUUGGAAUGACCCCCUAUGUAUUGUAAAUGACUGGCGCAUUAAAAAAUGUCCAAGUGUGACGGACAACCCGCACCUCUGGCCAACUGGGAUGGCAUUACAUCCGGCCCUAAAUGUUACGUUUAGCCAAGACCUUGACAAAAUAAGAUUUUACUCACCGGUAAAUCUAUUUCUCGUAGUCCGUAGUGGAUGCUGGGAACUCGAAAGGACCAUGGGGAAUAGCAGCUCCGCAGGAGACUGGG